AUGAAGGGUGGGGCGGCCUUUGUGCCGCCUUUCCUUCUUGUAGUAUGCUGGCUGCAGUGCAUGCUGCAUUGUGGGCUUGUUUCGGCAGCAUCAGAUGAUUGUGUUUAUCCCUUAGAAGACAGAGAUCGCGGCUGCACGGCGUCUGUUAAUUCAAAGUGCUAUGGACAGCUACAAGACGCUGUGAAUGCUGCGACCGUUGAUAGUACCGUACUGCUGUGGGAGGAUGUGGUGGUCAUGGGUUCUGUGGUGUCAGGCCUGGUAGACCAGUCGCUCAGUACCGUCAGUAUCGUCGGGUGCAGAGAAAACCUUAGUGUGACGUGUGGCUUCAACACAUCUACUGCUCUGAAGCUGCCUUUACUGUACGCAGAUGUGCUUUAUGGAGCUUCGCUUCUUAAUAGCAUCAGUUUGGAGAAUUUUGCUGUUCGGAAUUGCUCAA